AUGACACCCGACUUUGCACUCGAAAAGGCCGCCGCGCAGCAGGUGGAAGACGCCCUGGGCCACGGCGCCCUGGUCGAGGCCAAGCAGGCGUCCGACGCCGAACACGCGCAGACGCUGGGCGAGGCGCUGCGCAUCUACCGCAAGGCCAUCGGCUGGUCCAUCUUAGUCUCCCUGUCCGUCAUCAUGGAGGGAUACGACACCGACCUGAUCGGCAACUUCUACGCGUACCCCAGUUUCGCCAGAAAGUAUGGCCACUACUAUGCGCCUUCGAAUGACUGGCAGAUUGCCACGGCCUGGCAGACGGGCUUGGGCAUGGCGAGUACCGUGGGGGCUAUUUUUGGCGGCGUGAUGAACGGUCAACUGUGCGCGCGAUUUGGCUACCGCCGCGUGAUGAUGGUCUCGCUGGUCUUUAUGGCCGCCUUCAUCUUCAUUGUCUUCUUCGCCACCUCGCUGCCCGUCCUGCUGGUCGGCGAGAUCCUCUGCGGCUUCUCCUGGGGAGUCUUCGCCACCGUCGGCCCCGCGUACGCCUCGGAAGUGUGCCCGACUGUCCUGCGAGGCUAUCUCUGCACAUAUGUCAACCUGUGCUGGGCCAUCGGGCAGCUCAUCGCGGCGGGCGUGCUCGACGGCCUGGUCAACAACAAAGGCGAGUGGGCGUACCGCAUCCCCUUUGCCGUCCAAUGGGUCUGGCCCGUCCCGCUCCUGGUCGGCUGCUUCCUCAUGCCCGAGAGCCCCUGGUAUCUCGUGCGCAAGGACCGGCUCGAAGAAGCCAAGCACAGCCUGCGCCGGCUCUCCUCCCGCUCCGAGGACGCCAUCAACGGCCAGCUCGCCAUGAUGGUCCACACCUCACGCCUCGAGGCCCAGCUCGAGGCCGGCGCCCGCUACUCGGACUGCUUCAGGGGGAUCGACCUGCGCCGCACCGAGAUUGCCUGUGUUGCUUUUGCCGGGCAGGUCUUGACCGGCAGCACUUUUGCCUACUCCCCCACGUAUUUCUUCGAGAACGCCGGCAUGGACAGCACCCAGGCGUACAAGCUGAACGUGGGCAGCACCUCGCUGUACUUUGUCGGCACCGUGCUGUCCUGGUGGCUGAUCACCUACGUCGGCCGCCGCACCAUCUACGUCUGGGGCCAGUUCGCCCUGUGCUGCACGUUGUUGAUCGUGGGCAUCAUCAGCGCCGCGUCCGGCUCCAAGGGGGCGCUGUGGGCUCAAGCCGCCUUUGUCUUCCUCUGGGGUCUGAUCUAUUCCCUGACCCUCGGCCCCGUCACGUACAGCAUCAUCGCCGAGAUCUCCUCGGUGCGUCUGCGCCCGCUGACCGUCUGUCUGGCGCGCACCACCUACCAGCUCGUCAACAUCAUCACGCAGGUGCUCGAGCCCAAGUUCAUGAGUCCCACGGCCUGGAAUGCCAAGGGCAAGACCGCCUUCUUCUGGGCCUGCACCUGCUUCCUCAUGUUCCUCUGGUCCUUCUUCCGUCUGCCAGAGCCCAAGGGGAGGACGUACGAGGAGCUCGAUCUGCUCUUUCAGCGCAAGAUCCCUGCCAGGCAGUUCUCCUCCACCCAGAUCGACGCUUAUGCCUUGCAUUCUUCUUCCCAGGAGGGCUUGACUGGCCAGGAGGUGCCGGUGCAGGAGACUGAGAAGUAG